AUGGUAGAUACAGAUUACAAGAAGGCUAGACAGUUUGAAGGAGGUUUACGUGACCCAAUUCUAGAUAAAAUUAAUGUACUCAAAUUGCCGACGUAUGUGGAUGUACUUGAUAGGGCACUAACAGUGGAGAGAAAUGUGGCCAGCCAUAAACAAAACUUCGAAUGGAAAGGCAGAAAACAAAAUUUUAAUACGGGAACUAUGUCAAUGAAUAAGAAGUUCAAGUCGGGGAGUUCUGGUAAUACUAGUUCAAGCCAAAGUGGUAAUUCAACACCAGCUUGUACUACAUGUGGAAAGAAACAUGGAGGUGUAUGCUAUUGUGCGACAGAGGCUUGUUAUCAUUGUAAGAAGUUUGGGCACAUUGCCAAGGAUUGUACACAACCACGUCAGAGUGGCAACCGAGGUGCGACAAGCUCGAUUAGGUCAACUUCCACAACAAAACCAGUUGCAGCAUCAACUGCCACAAGAAAUGAUCAAAGGCAAGAAAGGGUUUUUGCAUUGAUUCCAGGGGACACUCAAAAUACUGAGGCCGUAGUGUCAGGUACAAUCUCCAUUUGUGGUAAACCUGCUUAUACUUUAAUUGAUUCCAGGUCUACACACUCAUUUAUUUCUACGGUCUUUGCUGAAACUUUGAAUAGACCUAUGGAAAUAUUGAGUUAUAUACUAUGUGUUACAUCACCUACGAGGGAAUCCAUGCUAUGUUCAACUGUAUUUAUGGCAUGUGAUUUAUUUCUCGGGAAUGCCACUUUGUAUGCUGAUUUAAUACCUUUAGACAUGGGACAUUUUGAUGUUAUUAUGGGUAUGGAUUAG